AUGCGAUGGAACUCAACUUGCACGAUCUGCACGCAUGGCGACGCCACAUCGAUAUUCAGUAGUGACCUUUCGUGCAGCGGAAGGGUCGGUUUUGCAUCAGUGGUUGACCUACUUUUGUUUGGUGAUGGUUUAAUAGUUAAGCGCAGAUCGCUGAAGCCGGGCGGAACAGUAGAAACCUUUGUAUUUGGACAAAGCAUGUGCUGUUUGAUACGAGGAGGUUCAUCACCGCGCCACCUUGUUUAUCAUGUUGGUACUCUUUCGCUUGUUCCGUGUGUAUACAAUAGAAAAGCUCGAGGUAUUCUAAUGCUACUUUUUUCGGAUGGUCGAGGAUUGGGUAAAUCUACUUCCGUUUCAAACAGAACAGUCUAG